GCGGUCACACUGUAGCUACAGCUCCUUGCACACAAAUGCGGAGAUAACUAAGAAUUUUAUUUGUUUUGUGAGUUAGAGACGUACCAAGUGCAAUGGCUACCUAUUCCAACCAGCACUGGCUGCUCUCGCACAUACGCAACUCGUUCAUAUCCACGGAUGAUACGGGCAUCUGCGAGACGGUAAUGCUGAGUGACGAUAUGCCGAAGCAUUACCUGAGGAGAUUUCAAACUGCCACAACUACUAUGGAUGCCCACAGACGCAGCGGUCACCGUCCACCCCAGGCGACACAGCAGCAACGCAACUCGGUGCCCAAAACCCCAGACACUGCCACACAAUCCUCGCAACGCUCGGCGCCUCUCCAACAUAUGAUCCCGCCUAGGAUUGCGGAUCCGCCAUUGCAAGAAGUGGACUUCUAUUGCUAUCCAGGCCUGGAUCUAAGCGAUGAUGAGGACUUGGAUAUGUCGACGCAUUCGUUCGAUAUACAAAUGUACCCCGAGGUAGGCGCUCAUCGAUUUCGUUCAAAUACGGCGCAGAAACUGGAAAAAUUGGACAUUGCAAAGCGUAAGGCGGCUCGCAUCAAAAGUGUAAACUACAACGAGGAAGUGUUACCUCCUGAUCGCCAGGAUUUCUUUAUGAGAAAGCCAGUUAACGUGCGUCCUGCGGAGAAACCCUCAACAUCUACAGCAACUGCAACAGCGACGAAAGUAGAGAAAACCAGCGAAGAUGACCUUUCCGAUGAGGGGGUAAAGAGCAAGUUGAGCGAGCAGCUUGCCAAGAGUCCCAAGCAAACACAAAAUCGAUUCAUUCAAUAUGCGCGCUUUGACGGCACCGCCCAGGUGGGCAUGCCCACAAAGCGCAUCAAUGUAUAUGUCAAUAUGCUGCCCGAGCCGGAACGCAAUUAUCCGCUCAAAAUAUGUGUGCUUUCCACGGCCAAGAUCAUCGAGGUGAUCGGCCUCGUUUGCUACAAAACUACCCUACAGUAUCCAGAUGCAGUGCAGCUCAAGUCUGUGCAGCACUACGCAUUAUAUAUGACGGAAGACAACGAUGACAUGGAUGACUUUCCGCCCCUAGACAAUCGUGAGCCAUGCUCCAAAUUCGGCUUCUCACAUCUGACGCUGGCUGAGCGUCGUCCACUGGCGCCCGUUACCCGCAUCGAUUACCAGCAAGGCACUAAAUCCAUCACAUCCAUGGACGACAAGGCGGCUGUCGCGGCAGCGCGUGCCCUGGAGAACAUCAAUCUCAAUGGCGAUGUGACAGAUGGUGCUGCUGGAACAGGUGAUGGCGGAGACAGUCCCCAGGAUCAUGUCAAAGAGUAUGAGAAGCGUCUGUUGAACCACAAUGAUAUGCUGGAGGCGCCCAUGCAUCGCACUUAUCGACUUAGCAUCAUUGACAAGCGCUUCUUCAAAUGCGACGUGACGCUGAGCGUGUCCGGAGAACGCAUCGAGAUCGAUCAGCAUAAAAACGCUAAGUUCUGGGCGCAAAGGAAGCCCGUGUCGACACCCAUCGAUUUGGUGGCACAUUGCGAGAUUGUGGAGCAACGACAAUUGAAAGCGCUGCUGCGCAUUUGGUUGAAAUCGAACUCUUCGAGCGGCAUGUCUUCCAGCUGCACGUCGGCACCGAUGAGCGCCAGCAUUACAUCGCUCAAUGCGGGCAACAACACCACGGGCAUUGCCCAUUCGCCCGGUAGUCCCGGGCACUAUCCGUCGCACAGCUCACACUCGCCCUUUGGCCAAGUUAGCAGCAUGUCGAACAUACGGUUCAAGCACUAUGACUUUGAUACGGAUGUGCAUACGGCGGAGCAGAUACGCAACAAACUCAACUGCAUCCUUGAGAUGCGCUCCAGCGACAUACGACGCGAGUUCCUGCACCAGCGUGUGCGCAAACAGGAGAAACAGCAGGCGAAGCGGCAGCUGAAAUUGUAGUAUUUUGUUCCUAUGGCUGGCCAGGCUGCGCCUCGCGCUGCCUCCUUGCUUCUCCAAUGCUGGCCACACACACAGUUGAAGUUGUAUUUUAGUUUGCUAACCUAAAGAAGCGUGUGUUACACAUGUUUUUGCUAGCCCAUAAGUAUUUAUUGAAACACUUAAGUAACUAAAACCAAUCCGAAGUGCAAAAAUAAAUAGCAUCAAAGUUCACAAUUAUGUUAAAAGAC